AUUGUAAAUAUCAGUCCCCACCACAUCCAUAUCCAGAACUAAUAUAUGUGAUGGUCAAGAAAUGAGCAAAGAAAGCAUACAGGAGUUCCAAGGGGAAAAAAAUGGCAGCCCAAAUGACACUCUCUUCCUCUCUCAGCACCCAGUUUCUACUCCCACCUAAGCCAUCAUUAUCAUCCCCUUUCUCUUGCACUUAUAUUUUACCAAAGACAAGGGUCCAUCAGUUCAAAAUAUGUGCAGACUUGGGUGGUGGGGAAGGAGAAAUCAAAAAGGAAGGAAAGAAGAAAUUCAUAACUAGAGAAGAAGAACCACAAGAGUAUUGGCAAACAGCAGGAGAAAGGGAAGGGGAGAAUCCCAUGAUGACUCCUCUUCCUUACAUUAUCAUAUUUGGAAUGGCUACACCUUUUGUAAUCUUAGCCAUUGCUUUUGCAAAUGGAUGGGUUAAGGUCCCUGUUCGAUGAUUUGAUUGGGACGGUUGAUGCAAGCAGCAGUGUUACAUGUCAUGAAUGCUCAAUCUUUUUAGAAACCAACAAUUCUCAAAGCAUAUGUUCUUCAACAAUUGCUUGAAUAUGUAUUGAGUUUUUUUAGAUGAAACGUAGCAAGUAAAUUACUAUAGUUAUUUGCCUGUAAUAACCAUUUCAUACCAGUUACAUGUCCA